AUGGGGAGCCUGGUGCUUGCACACUGGGUCCUUCUGGUGAGCCCCUUCUCCCUCCUUGUCCGCAGGCUGCCCUUCUGCCAGCGCUGCCUCAUCUCCCACUCAUACUGCGAGCACAUGGCCGUGGUGAAGCUGGUUUGUGGGGACGCUACAGUCAGUGUCAUUUACGGCCUGUUUGUGGCUUUUAUGGUGGUGGGGUUUGACGUGUUUAUCAUCUCCGUGUCCUAUGCUAUAAUCCCCCAGGCUGUACUGAGGCUCCUGUGCACAGACACCCAUCUCAAGUUCUUCAGCACCUACAUGUCUCACUUCUGUGUCAUCCUGGAAUAUUACAUCCCUGCCUUCUUCAUGUUCCUCACCCACCGCUUUGGCCACAAUGUCCCGCACCAUGUCCACAUCCGGGUGGGCAAUCUCUACCUGCUGACGCCCCCUGUGCUAAACACUGUUGUUGAUGGGAUGAAAACCAAACUGAUCCGUGAGAGGGUGCUCUAUAUCUUCCAGCAGAAAGUAAUCUGGGCAGUGUGUGCCUGUCUAAUUUAA